AUGGACUGUUUGGCACAAGAACAAGACACCAUUGCCGAUUCAUUCCUUCAUUCCGUAACUGCGGCUUCAGGACCCCCAUCUUCUUGUCUUCUUGGCAGUGAUUCUCUCUCAAGCCUGCAGACUCUCACAAACCACUCUGUUCACUCUCCUGGUCAACCGAUUUCUGCCUCGGUGUUACCUGCCCAACCAAACGCCUCGCUGGCCUUCGGUACGCCCACACAGCGCCAUCAUCACUCGAUGCAGCAUCGCCAGCUUCAUGCCUAUUCAUUUCACCCGCAUUCCCAAGUUUACCUUCAAACUCCGAUGUCCUGUCCUAACUUCAAUGCCCAUAAUAUUCCCUCAACUGGGCACAGUUCAUCCUUACCUGGUACCUCCUCUCCACCCUCUCAGACCAUCGCCAUACCCACGCCUCCGGCAAUUACUUCGCAUUCGGACACUAUAAUCGCAGAUGUGCUUACCCAGUCAUCACCUCAAUAUAAAUCAUUAAUAGAUGAUGGUUCUUCCAGUAUGCAGCAGCAGCAGCAUCACCAAGUGGAAGCAAGUGUUGAAGUGGGGACCUGUGGUAGGUCCAGUCCCUUGAAGCUACUUCAAAAUCCCGAAUUUCUGCUAAUGGGCGAUAACUCUUUGCUCACAAAUAAAACCUCGAUGACAUCUCGAGGCGCCACUUCUCCCCUAAAGGCCAUUAUCCGAGAUUCGAUAGAGGCCCUUAAGCAACCAAUAGAGGUCAACACUUCAAUCAGCAGACGCUCUGGUCAGUUUAAGAGCCUAAUUUAA